AUUGACGGACAACCGGCAGCUGAGGUAUGCAUACCUCUCUUCUGUAAAGCUCCAAAAAUACUGGCGCUGGUUCUCUGGGUGUGUGACAUGUGUACUGUACAACUCUGCUUACCGUGAGAGUAGAGGACUGAAAUUACUAUACUUCUUCUCUUCUAAAAGUCCUGCAUCAACCCCUUGACCUCCUUCACUUUUGUUUUGUGUGAACUGUUAGUUCAAUUUGUCCUCUCUCUUUCCUGCUCAGGGAAUGCAGUCAUUCAAACAAACUGUCUGUUCUCUACUUAUAGUGUAAGCAAACAGAGCAGUGUUUGUCUCCAGUCUCUCCAAUGCUACUGGGACUACUGAAUGAUCGGCUAUUUUUAUUUUAAAUUGAACCUUUAUUUAACUACAGAACACGGUUUAUGUGACAGACAUGGAUUUGGACCUGGGAGGGAUAUUUGUAGAGAAUAGCACCUAUAACUACGAUGGGGACUAUGUUUAUAAAGAGGAAUGCUCCCCUGAAGAUGGCGUUGGAGUGCGUUUUGGCACGGUGUUCCUCCCAAUGCUCUACUCCCUGAUGCUGGUCCUGGGGCUAGUGGGUAAUGUGCUGGUCCUGGUGGUUCUGGUCCAGAGGAGGCAGAGCUGGAGCGUGAUGGACACCUUCAUCCUGCACCUGGGCUUGGCCGACACCCAGCUACAGCCCCUCUGGGCUGUUCAGGCCACUGGGGAAUGGAGCUUCGGGACCCCCCUCUGCAAGAUCACUGGAGCCAUGUUCACAAUCAACUUUUACUGUAGCAUCUUCCUGCUGGCCUGCAUUAGUCUGGACCGCUACCUGUCCGUGGUCCACACAGUCCAGAUGUACGCUCGCAGGAAGCCCUGGAUGGUGCAGGCCAGCUGCCUGUCCGUGUGGCUCCUCUCCAUCCUCCUCUCCAUCCCAGACUGGCACUUCCUGGAGUCUGUGAGGGACACCAGACGAGACAAACAGGAGUGUGUCCACAACUACCCGUCUCUCUCCCAGUCUGGGUUUGACUGGCGUCUGGUCUCCCGCCUGCUCUACCAUACAGUGGGCUUCCUCCUCCCAUCUGCCGUGCUGCUCUUCUGCUACUCCUGCAUCCUGCUGCAGCUGCAGCGCAGCUCCCAGGGCCUCCAGAAGCAGAGGGCCGUCCGGGUCAUCCUGGCCCUGGUGCUGGUCUUCUUCCUCUGCUGGACUCCCUACAACAUCACCUUAAUGGUGGACACCUUUCAGGGGAGGCCUGGGGAGCCUGUUUCUGGGUCCUGUGAGAACGGGAGGACAGCUCUGGAGAACAGUCUGGUGGUUACGUUCGCUCUAGCCUGCCUGCACGCUUGCCUCAACCCAGUGCUCCAUCUCGGACUGUGUAGAAACUUCCGGCGACUGGAUAUGGUGAGGUGUGUUGAGGGGGUGCAGAACGAUCCGAAACUCUCACUAUGGGAUUCAGGUGUGGUUGAAGACUCACCUGACCAAGCAGAGGAGAUGGGGACGUUGAACCCAAUGACAACCAUGGGACAGGUACAGUCCACCCAGAGCUGAUGGGUAGGAAGAGGAUCCUAAUGACUAAUAUACUAUGUCUUCCUGCCUUGAGGGGAAGUUGUAUGGGUCAUGGGUCUGGGGACUGGUGGAUGACCGUAACGUGGGUCAUGAGAGAAAGACAUGCAUAGUAGAAAGCCCCUUAUGAGGACUGCUUUCUUUCAAUUGCACUUUAAUGGAUAACGCUCAGACUAAAUGUAUAUUUGUAUAAAGUCAGUGGGUUGUCUGAUCUUCAUGUUUUGUGUUACCUAUCGAUGUCGUCCGGCUCUGUAGAAUCUGUUGGAAAGAUUCAUGCAUUAAUUAUUCAAACCUACAAACUUUUAUUUGGCUCUAUACUCCAGCAUUUGGGAUUUGAGAUCAAAUGUUAUUAGGAGAUAUAUUAUAUUAGGAGAUGGGACAGCAUGUCACCUUUUAUUUGAGGGUGUUUUCAUACGUUUCUGUUUUUGUAACGGAUCUCGUCUUCCUUUUCUGAGGAGGAGUAGCGAGAAGGAUCGGAGGACCAAUUUGCAGCGUGGUAAGUGUCCAUAAGGUUUUUUAAUAAAGACAAUAGAACACUCGAACAGAACAACAAACGAUGACGUGAAUAUACAAAACCGAAAACAGUACCGUGUGGACCAAACACUCACACGGAAAACAAACACCCACAACCCAAAAGUGAAACCCAGGCUACCUAAGUAUGAUUCUCAAUCAGGGACAACGACUGACAGCUGCCUCUGAUUGAGAACCAUGCUAGGCCGAACACAGAAAUCCCAAAUUAUAGAAAAAUGAACAUAGACAACCCACCCAACUCAGCCAUGACCAUACUAAAACAAAGACAUAUCAAAGGAACUAAGGUCAGAACGUGACAGUUUUACUGUUUAGAAAUGAAUGCACUUUAUGUAUCUAGUCCCCCUAUUAGAAGGUGUCAUAAGUAUUUGGACAAAUUCACUUUAGUGUGUUAAAUUUAGUCAAAAGUUUAGUAUUUGGUCCCAUAAUUCUAGUACGCAAUGACUACAUCAAGCAUGUGACUCUACAAACUUGUUGGAUGCGUUUGCAGUUUGUUUUGGUUUUGUUUCAGAUUAUGUUGUGCCCAAUAGAAAUUAAUGAUAAAUAUUGUAUUGUUUAAUUCUGGAGUCACUUUUAUUAUAAAUAAGAAUAUAAUGUGUUUUCUUCUAUAUUAAAGUGGCUACCGUGAUUACAGAUAAUCCUGAAUCAAUCGUGAUUAAUGAUGAGUAAGAAAGUUACAGAUGCACAAAGAUCAUGCCCCCAAGACAUGCUAACCUCUCGCCAUUACCAAUAACAGGGGAGCAUAGGAUUUUCUUAGGAAUAUGAUAUUUAUAUAUCUGUAACUUUCUCACUCAAUAUUAUUCACGAUUCAUUCAUAAUUAUGUGUAUGAAGAAAUCCCAACAUUUUCUCACAGAAUAUUACAGUUUUAGUAGGACUUGUAUAUGUUACUGUUCUAUUGUGUAACUAUAAUGUUAUAUUAAAUAAGUAUAUCCUGUUA